CCCUAAGCCAAGGGUCAGUCAGAACAAAGAGGUGUUUGAAUCAUCAGGUUAAACAUUAAGCAGAGGACCGAGAUAGGAUGUUAAAAGAGAGUGGCCAGCAGAAUGUAGGCCUAGUACAGAAGAGUAGAGGAGUAGCCUAGUUGACUUGAGCACUUGAGGUACCGUAUAGUAGGUAGUAUUUUUACCACAAAUAAUUUCUCUCCUGUAGAGACAGUAAAUGCUCAUCUUAUCUUGUAGACACACAGAGAACAACUGGGUAAGCAGACACAUCCAUUAAUUCAGUGCACCGUAAAUUGUGUUCGUUAAAGUAUGGGGACUUUGAAAGCAGCACCAAGGCAGAACGUGCUUCUACUGCUGCUAUCGCUGCCUUUGUUGUGGUGCUGCUUCUUUAGUGCAGUGGUGUCGGCAGAAAGUGGGGGGACCGACACCGGUGCUACUACCGACUCCCACUCCUCCUCGGACGUCCACGCUGCCCUGAGGGAGAUGAGCGUGUUGCUAGGCGAACAGAAGGCAGAGCUCCGGAAUGCAAAGAGCCAGAUCGCCGCCCUGAUGGACAGAGUCAAGAACAGCGAGAGCCAGCUGGAGCAGAUGAGGAAGGACCAACAGGAGGGCAGUGUGGCCUUUUCUCUCUCACUGGAGACCACAGGGACUGGACACACCGGGCCUUUCAACACGGGAACAACACUCGUCUUCAAACAAGUCUUCUGCAAUGUUGGCAAUGGAUACAACGCCGACACAGGCUUCUUCACAGCGCCUGUGAGGGGAUUAUACGAGUUCAGCUUCGUCCUCCACUCCGCUGGUGGUUACAGUUCACUGGGCACACUGAGGAGGAACAGGCAAGACGUGGUGUCUGUCUACUCUACCCAGGGCUCCCACCACAACAACGCCUCCAAUGGGGUCAGCCUGCUGCUGGAGAAGGGAGAUGUGGUGGACGUGUUCAUGCCCCCAAACAUGUGGGCCUUUGACAACCAGUACCACUACACCACCUUCAGGGGACACCUGCUGUUCAGGGUGGAGGAAGAGUCUCCUCCUUCCCCGCCGAUGAAAUGAUGGUUACAGUAAUCAAGUGGUUCCCAAACUGUGGGUGAAUCCUAAUAUGCGGACUUACGUCCUCCCUUGCUCACUUGCCUGCUUGUGACCUCAUGAUGAUGUCACUGACGACAGAAAAUGAAUUCAAUAUCUUGCAAAAGCACAAUUCUAAUGUCAUUUUCUCAUUUGCAAUUGGGAUGGUGAAUGAAAAAAAGUCCCCCAAAAGUUGU